CUUCCCUCCACUCAUUCGUUCCGCGACGCGUCGUCUAGCCGGUCGGCUUCCGUUAUAUUCACCCAAGCUCAUUCUCACCGUGUCCGUUAGCCGCACCGCUCCGAUUACACCCUAACCGAUCUAGACAUGACGGAAAGCACGGACACCCCCGCGGCUGCCGCGCCUGAGAAAACUCCCACCGAGAAUGGCACUACUGAGACACCCCCAGAAGAGACUCCAGAUAAGGCAACCGAGGAAAAAGAAAAGGAGGCAGAGCCGCCCAAGGAAAUGCGCGCAGUCGUACUCACAGGCUAUGUCGGUUUGAAAACUGUCAAAAUCCAAAAGAAACCCGUGCCCACCGUUGGAGAAGGCGAAGUUCUCAUACGAGUCAAAGCCUGUGGGCUGAACUUCCAAGACUUGAUCGUGCGUCAAGUGGCUAUCGACUCGCUGCCUAAAACACCAUUCAUUCUUGGAUUCGAAUGCGCCGGCGAGAUUGAACAAGUCGGCGAGGGUGUGACCAAUUUCAAGGUUGGGGACCAGGUGGUGGCUCUUCCCGAGUACAAGGCAUGGGCUGAGCUGGUCUCGGUACCGGCGCAGUAUGUAUAUGCCCUACCUUCCGGGAUGACUGCAUUAGAUGCCGUGGCUAUCACUACAAACUACGUGGUAGCUUAUUUGCUGCUCUUCGAAAUAGCCAACUUAACGCCUGGCAAGAGCCUGUUGGUGCACUCCGCUGGUGGUGGCGUGGGCCAAGCUGUGGCGCAGUUAGCGAAGACUGUGGACAACGUGACGGUGUUUGGUGUCUGUUCCAAGAGCAAACAUGAGGCUCUCAAGGCCAACAAUAACAAUAUUGAUCAUCUGCUCGAGAGGGGAAGCGACUACACCAGUGAAGUUAGGAAAGUAUCUCCCGAAGGCGUGGAUAUCGUGCUGGAUUGUCUCUGCGGAGAGGAAUGCAACCGCGGGUACUCUCUUCUCAAGACCAUGGGCCGAUAUGUCCUUUAUGGUUCAUCUAACAUCGUCACCGGUGACACACGAAGCUUCUUCAGUGCAGUGCGUGCCUGGUGGCAAGUAGACAAGGUGUCGCCAGUGAAGCUGUUCGUCGAAAACAAGAGCCUAGCGGGAUUGAACCUGCGACACUUGCUCUUCCAACACGGACGCGCCGACUAUGUUCGCCGCGCUGUCGAACGCGUAUUCGCAUUGUGGGGCGAAGGGAAAGUCAAACCCCUGGUUGAUUCCACAUGGGCUUUGGAAGAUGUUGUCGAGGCAAUGCAGAAGAUGCACGAACGCAAGAACAUUGGGAAACUCGUGUUAGACCCGUCACUGGAGCCUAAGCCGAAGCCAGCCACGCCUGCUAAGGGCAAGUCGGGGAAGGAGAAGAAACCAGCCAAAGAGAGUUCAGAAGAGAAGAAGGAUAAGGAGACAAAGGAAGAGGAGAAAAAGCCAGAGGAAAAUGGUGAGAAGAACGGUGAAGAACCACUCACUAAUGGUAACAGCGAUGAAGAGUCUAAGGACAAGGAGAAGGAGUCUAGCUGAAUUGUUUCCGUUGAGAACUGAACCAGAUAAACCACCGCCGAUUGAUUAUUUUAGAGUUGAAGCUGCUCGUUUUACCGUAGCGGCUGCGCCCGCGCCGGCACACCGCUCGCGCUUCGUACCACGCCGGCGCCGGCGCCGCUCGCAUAUAAUACUAUGUUGCCCGAUGUUUUUAUUAUGUUUCGUUUAAGUCUGAAUACGAUGUCGUUCGAUCUCAUUUACUUACAUUCAUUAUUAUUCAUGUUUUAAAUGUAACUAUUAGAUACCUUAUUACGGAUCGAACCAUGUCGUCUUUUUUAUAGUUUUUAUUUUUUGACGAUCAUUACAUUUUAUAUUUUGUGACAGAAAUACAUAAUUUAAUUAAAUAAUUUGAUAUACGACAGCGAACAUUACAAUGAAUUUAUAUUUUAAUCAUUUCUUAUAAACAUUACCUAAUUUGGCCUAAGUUAGUAAUUGUUUCUAAACUUACGAGUCUUUUAUUAUAGUUUAAUGUUUAAGACUUUAUUUUUAAGAUGAGAUAUUUUAAUCUGCAGUUAUUUUGAAUGGCUAUUAUAUAUCUAAGGUGCAGAGAUGCUUAAUCUUUAUGUAUGUUAAGCUUUAAUAUUUUAUUAGUAAAUGUUUAAAAUUUGGCCCCACGAGACCCACACCCGCCCUCGGGUCGAGCGCUCGCUCACAUCACAUCUCGCUGCGAUCCUUCUCCAAACUACCUAAUCUAAACAAAAACAAACGAACGAUAAACCUUACGUGUGAUAUUUUGUAGUAGGUAUGCUAGAUGUUUUGCAGUAGAUAUUUUUAUGCUGCCUAUACAUGAUAUAUUUUUUUUUAUUUGAGCUUAAAUAUACAAUUAUUUUAUAUUUUUAUACUUAGAAUUUUUGUACAUUAUUUUCUAGUUAGGAUGAAAGUUCCUGAAUUGAUUUGAAGGCACCAGUCAUUGUGUGGUACAGUGUCGAUGUAGGAAUCGUGUUCUCGAACGCGUCCUCUGACUGGAUUCUGGGCCUGAACUGGACGAGCUUAUUGAGUCCAAAUUGUGAACUAUUUUUGUGGCUAACUUUAAGGUCAUUCAUAUUCAAUAUAUACUUAGUCGAUGACAAUCACGAUAUAAUAAGUCAUAUUUUUAUAUACCAAAUGACUAUAACAUUAUCUCGUAUAAAUAAAGCUUUUGUAUUUAUAAACACAAAUAUCACAUAUCUAAUCUAACAUGCAUUUUCACACGAUAUGUACUAGGAAUAAUAAUAAUAUUUUGAUACCAAUAUUCACUGCAUUUCUUUUUGAUAUACCUAGCAUAUAUUUGUCUACGUUUAUUUUCGUAAGGUUGUAAGUAAUGUUUACCGCCAUAGUGUACAGUAUGGUUAUAGGUAUAUAUGUACACAGUACUAAUUAAAUGUUUUAUCUGUAUUACACAUAUCAUGCGGAUGUAAAAUGUAUUCCUGUGAGGCUGAAAGUAGUCCGGCAUCGUCGGAGUGAAAAAGAUAAUUUACUUCCUAAACACUGCUCAAAUAAAAUAACUAAGCAGUGUGCGGACGCAAUGUGUGCUCCAAACAUGCCUAACUCAUUUGAUUCUUAGGAUUUUUAUAAACUUUUUACCUUUUGGAACAUUUUUGAUAGAGCACGUCUUGCGUACACACAGUGCGCGUCGUCCGACCAACGUGUCACAGGUCACCAUGUCCCAGUGUGAGUAGGUACCGUCUGCCAUAGGUUGUGAGGUACGUAAGGUAAGGUAAGCACCUGAAGACCAGACUGCAUCCCUUGUGGGGUGAACACAAGUAGAUAGCUUUUGUAUUAUUAAAUUUAUAACACGAGUGGCAGUUGCAGGGCAGGAUACUAUGUAAGGCGCUUUGUUUAUCGUACAGUGGCUUGGUGCUAGUUCAUAUUGUACGCGGAUACAACUCGCUUCAGUGUCUCGGACCAAUAUCUUAAAGCUACUUUAGUCUUCUUAUCGGUAUCUCUUUCGCUUUGUGUGUCAAAUAUGUGCGAAUUUCUUGUAAUGUAAAACAUAUAUUAAAUCUUGUGUAUAUCGACCUGUAUAAUGGUUUAGAAUUAUCUUUGAAUUUUCUUCUACCUAUAAGAAUUUAAUGAUGGUAUUCCAAUAGUGAUUCGGAGGGCUGGUGUGACCGCGCCGUUGUGAUUGUGUCCAAAUUGUUGUAGGUUUAGUGUCUAUAAAUUGAUGCCAAUAUUUAGAAGCUUCGUGGAAACAUCGAAGUGGUCGUAAGAUCCAGUGCCGUCACGCCAGCGGACUCCACGUAUUCUGAGUCGUUAUUGUACUACACAUUUAUUUUUAUAAGGGCGGGCCAGUGUGAUAUCUAUACUAUGAAAUGGAUAAAUAAAUAUGUAUGAUCUGUAAAAAUGCUUA